GCCCUCUACAUAUCGUUGUUCCAAACUAGUUUCAAUGUGGAACGCCAAAAAGAAAAAAAAAAGAAUCUGCUAAAUAUUUUGGUAAUCAUCACUGGGAUCUUCUACCGGUAUGAACUAGAUGUAUUUAAGAUAAUGCCGAUUAGAAUGUGAAAAAAAUCAAUCAAAAAGUGUUUAAUAAUCGCAAUUUUGGCAACGCGAAAUAUUAUUAUAAUAUUAUUUAAAAGGUCUCUUUGGCUUGCCAUACAAUGCUCAGCAGCCGUGGUCUGCUACGGAAUAGGCAACUCGGGUUCGCGGGGCGCGCAAGGGGCCGGGGAAGCCGAUAUUGUGGUACCGAGCACGCUACCAGCUGACGGCAGGCAGAACAGUAUCAGCUGAAAAGAAGAGUCAAUGAAAUCACCUCGCCUUGCCUUGGUUCCAGAUACACUAAAAAUAUAGCGGUACACUGUACCAUACCUUCACAGAAUGUUGGGAGUGCUCACCAAUACUAAAAUGUCGAUUGGAGCGUGUUCUUUGAUUGCAUUUUUAGUUCGUCUUUUGCUCAUCUUUUAUGGAGAAAUUCAAGACAGGCUGAUGGUUGUCAAAUAUACAGACAUUGAUUACCAUGUUUUCACAGAUGCUGCUAGAUUUGUUAUGCAGGGUCAGUCGCCAUAUCAGCGAGCAACCUAUAGAUACACACCGAUAUUAGCUUUCAUGUUGACACCAAAUAUCUGGCUCUCACCGCUGUUUGGAAAACUUCUUUUCUGCGUCUUUGACAUUGUGGCAGGCCUUCUAAUCUAUGACAUCAUUCAGAUCCAGUCCUAUAGUGUCUCCACAGCAACAAAGGGGGCCCUCGUGUGGCUGUUCAACCCACUCACCGCCGCAGUGUCCAGCCGUGGCAAUGCUGAAUCCAUCAUGGCUGUACUUGUUCUGCUAGUUCUACGAUGUCUCUUGAAACGACAAACUAAGCUCUGCGCUCUCUUCCUGGCUGUGGCUGUCCAUUUCAAAAUUUACCCAUUUACUUAUUGUCUACCAAUAUACUUCUGUGUCAAGUUACCAGAGAAGAGAUUGAUCCUGCGUAAAUUGCGGACAAAAAGGAAUAAUAUCCAGGAGAAAUUUUUGGAUCUGUUCUGUCCAACGAAAGAGAGGAUAGAGCUUGUAGCUGUAUUCAUUGUGUCAUUUGCCGCUUUGACUGCUGUUAUGUAUCAGAUGUAUGGUGACGACUUUCUAUCAGAGGCCUACUUCUAUCACGUAACCAGGCGGGAUGUCAGACACAACUUCUCCCCACUUUUCUACAUGCUCUACCUAACUUCAGAGUGGCCUUCGUCUUUCCUUCUAGGUCUCCUGGUCUUUGUUCCUCAGGUCAUUCUCCUAGUAGCAUUCUCACUCAUAUACUACAGAGACAUCACCUUCUGCUGUUUUGCUCAUACCCUUAUAUUUGUGACCUUCAAUAAAGUCUGUACAUCUCAGUAUUUUUUGUGGUACCUGACUCUUUUACCUGUCAUCUUGCCAGCCACUAUCAUGUCAAUCAAGGAAGGACUUGGUCUGAUUACUGCUUGGUUCCUAGCCCAGGCUCUAUGGCUCCUUCCAGCAUAUUACCUCGAAUUUGAGGGAAUUGAUACCUUCCUCUUUAUCUGGUUAGCUGGACUUGUCUUCUUUAUCACCAAUGUCUAUAUCUUAGUUCGCCUCAUUCUUACCAGAGAGACAUUUAAAGAAGGCAAAUGCCUCAAAGCAUGCUAACAGGUCAUCAAACCAUUGACUUUACCCCAUUGACUGCCGAGUUCUGUGUUUUCCAUUGGAUUUGUACAGGGACCACCGGUUCCAGUAGGCAAUGGGUUUACCUGUUGACUUCUGAAUUCUAUAGGCUUUGUAUGGGGAAUUAGGAAUCAUCCCGUUCCAAUAGGCAAUGGGUUUUUCAUGUUAACUUCUGGAUUCUUGCAUUUCCAUGGCCCAUGUAUGGGGGAUUACCCGAUUCUAGGAGUCAACGCGCCUGAUUGACAUAAAAUAAAGCUCUAUUAUUUUAUUAAA